CAGCAUGCUGUAAGCUUAGAUUUUUAUUUUUUCUAGAAAGAAAAAACCCUGGUUGUUUUGUGAUAAAAUGGAGUUUUGAGAAAUUCUAAAGCAUGUAAAAGAUGAAGGCUAGGGCUUUAUGUACUCCAGAUUACAUUUUAUAGAACAUAAUUUGGACAGGAAACGGGGCAAUUUAGUGAUUGCAAUUUGUCUGAAAUUGGAAUGAUGAAGAGAACAAUAGGUGUUGGAGUUCUACUUAUAGGGUUUCACUUAAGGAUAGCUACUCUACAGCUAUUUGUCAUGUUACUACAUCAUGUUAGUCAAAUAUCUUUCAUAUUUAAUUGACUUGCUUAAAAUCUCGUAGCAAUUAAAAGCAGAGCCUAUCAUAAAAAUUAUAAUUGGGAAACAAUGAGUUACUAAUCAAAUAUGAAUUGGUCUGGUUACUAAUUUCAACAUAAUGAACGAAAGUACUUGAUUGAAAAGAAAAGAAUGAGGUGAUGCUGCAGUUUUCGGGUAUAAUGGAAGGCAUUUAUGUGUAUUAAUGUAAGUAAGCAAAUGCUUGAUCAACAGAUGAAUUUCUAUUUUUUUAAGUUAACAUCAACCUCAGCUGGGCUUAUACUCUCGCUCUUUCACAAUGUAAAUGGAACGUUACUUAGUCAGGUUCACAUCCCUGAGUUUCAUUCCAUGCCUUAGUUGUUGAUUAUUGAUCAUAUUUAAGUACCACUUUAUGAUUGAAGUACCUGUUUGUUCAUGUAAUACAAAACACAUGAGCUGCUGUAGCACUGUAGUUUAGUUAUGAGGUAUGAAUUGGAAGCAAAUCAGGACUUUCUGUUUCCACAGUGAAGAAAAGAGAUGAAUAUCUGCAUGUAGCUUGGCGACCAACAGCCCUGAAAAGAAUUUGCCAUUCCAUAGCAAUAUUGCAAUUAAAAGUACAUAAACAGAGAUCAAAGAAUGAAAUGCUGAAUAUAUAAUUGCUUGUCCUAGUUCAAGCUGAUAGACAAGAGUGGAAGAACCACUUAAUUGUGUAUAAGCAUUGAUCUAGAAUCCAAUGACAAACAAAGCCAGUGUCCCUUCUGGGACUCAGUGUUAGCAUAGAAUUUGAUUGAUUUGGAUAAAGUUGAUUUUGACAUCAAUGUAGCCCUAAGAUGGUCACUAGUAUGACUUAUCAAGUUAUGCCUCUGGUGUUGACUUACAUUGUGGCAUGUCAUGUUUACAUUUUGUUUUCAUGAUUGAUCAUCAAGCAUUUGGAUUUGGUGGUGUAAAUAUGCCUGUUUAUACAACAUGACAUGUCCCUGAUCUGGGGAUUUGGAGUGAUUAAUGACUCAACUCUUAUAUUCAACUUUUAAUGAAAAAUCUGCGGAUAAUUCAAUCUUUAGUACUUAGAUAUUGCUUUGACCUAUGUCUGCUGUCAUGUAUUUGUGCUUAGAGAUUACUUUUACCGUGUGAGUCUUAUUACCUUCCUGAUUGGAACUCAUCUUUCUGAUAUUUUGUCCAAUUCAGGCGUCUAGUCCAUUGCAAGUGAAGUAUGCGGAUGGCGAGUUGGAAAGAUUAGAACACAAACUCUUUGUUGGCAUGUUGCCAAAGAAUGUUUCUGAAGCUGAAGUUUCUGCUUUAUUCUCUAAAUAUGGAACCAUAAAGGACCUACAGAUUCUACGAGGUUCUCAGCAAACAAGUAAAGGUUGCGCUUUUCUGAAGUAUGAGACAAAAGAACAGGCCGUUGAUGCCCUGGAGGCCAUUAAUGGAAAGCAUAAAAUGGAGGGCUCAAAUGUUCCUCUCGUUGUCAAAUGGGCAGAUACAGAAAAGGAAAGACAAGCUCGAAGGGCCCAGAAAGCUCAAUCUCAAGCUUGUAAUAUAUCAAAUGCUGAUUCACCACAUCCUUCAUUGUUUGGAGCCUUGCCAAUGGGUUAUGCUGCCCCAUACAAUGGAUAUGGAUAUCAAGCUCCAGGAAGUUAUGGACUUAUGCAGUACCGGUUGCCACCAAUGCAGAAUCAGCCUGCAUUCCAUAAUAUGAUUCCUCCAGUAAAUCAAGGAAGUGCAAUGCGAGGAAUCACACCUGACCUUGCUCCCAAUAUUGCUCCUAGAAAUUAUGCUAUGCCUCCUGCAAGUUAUGUGGGAUCAGCUUACCCGGCUGUGCCAGGUAUUCAAUACCCCAUGGCAUAUCCUGGGGGAAUCAUGAGCCACCGUCCAUUGACCAGUUCACCUGGUUCAGUGCCACCAGCAAAUACAAGCAGUAAUUCUUCGUCAUCCUCCAGUGUAGGUACAAGUUCAGGAGGUCAGAUUGAAGGGCCACCUGGUGCAAAUCUAUUUAUUUAUCAUAUACCUCAAGAAUUUGGUGAUCAAGAGUUGGCUAAUGCUUUUCAAGGAUUUGGUAGGGUCUUAAGUGCGAAGGUUUUUGUUGACAAAGCAACAGGGGUUAGUAAAUGUUUUGGAUUUGUUAGUUACGACUCUCCAGCAGCUGCUCAAAAUGCGAUAAACAUGAUGAACGGAUGCCAAUUGGGUGGUAAGAAACUGAAGGUUCAGCUUAAGAGAGACAACAAACAGAACAAACCUUAUUGAUUGGGAGGUGAGUCUUGGAAGGAAGCAGAAAGUGUCUGUCACAUGUGGUCGCAUGCAACUUGGAUAUAUUGACUGACUGCAGUAUCAGCAUUUUGGGUGGGUUGGGGAUAACCUGUGGUUAUAUGUGUCACUUCAUCCUUGUAAUUGCUUCAUGGGAUCAAAAUCCCAGAAACUUGUAAUUCAUGGUGCAUUCCAUGCCUACGCAAUUUGUAUUCUGUGUAUCAUUGAAUUUGAUUUAGACACUAAUUAUUAAUUUAUUGAUUUUUCCUCGAGUA